UUACCUGGAGAUCCUGUGAACUGGAUCAGGACCAGGUGUGGAUCUGGAUCAGGACCAGGUGUGGAUCUGGAUCAGGACGGGCCUGGCAGGUGGAUUGUGAUGUGAAGUUGCGGAGAUGCAUACCAUCCACCGUCUGUGUAGAGUCUGCAUCGGACAGAACCUGCCUCAGGUGAACAUCGUUCGAGGAAAAGACGGUUUUGGAUUCACGAUCUGCUGUGACUGUCCCGUCCGAGUCCAGGCUGUCGAGCCCGGUGGCCCCGCCCACCACGCUGGUCUCCAGCAGAACGACUCGGUUCUGCAGCUGAAUGGACUUCCUGUAGAAACCUGGAAGUGUGUUGACCUCGCCCACGCCAUCAGGAGUUGUCCCAGUCAGAUUGUGUUGGUGGUCUGGCGAGGGUUACCUGAGGUGAAAUCGGGAUGCGAGCCGUUGCUCCGCCCACCAGUGCAUGGCACGACGGCAGUCAGGAAGCUCCUCCCCCACCCUGCCCACAGUAAACAUGGCCGACGAAGAGGUCAAGGGUCGGGAGUCAGGUCGAGUUUAGGGGCGCUGGGUUCGCUGUGGCGGGACAGGAGAGAGGAGAGGGAGGAGGAGGAGGAGGAGGAAGAAGAGGUUACUGAGUACUCCGCUCGCACCACCACACUCAAAGGAACCCGCGUGACAUCAUCAAACGGAGACAAUUACAUCAUCCUGUCGCCUGUCAGCCCAGGAAGUCAGCUCCUGCCGCCGGUGUUCCACGACGGCGGCGGCACCAUCGGGCGUCUGUACCAGACUCACCCCAGCAGGGGGCCAAACCUCCUCCAGGACCCCCGACCCGGGUCGUCACGGCGACCGUUCAACAGCCGCACGGCCACCUUGGCUCCUCCCCCCUCCUCCACCGCCACCUCCUCCUCUGCGUCAGCCCCGCCCGGUAGCCACGGCAACUACCAGAACUGCACCAUAGUCCAAUCCCAUCUGCCCUGCUCCAGCUACGGAACCUACGUCACCCUGACGCCCAAGACCCUCAUCUUCCCCGUCUUCGUCCAGCCUCUGGAUCUCUGCAGUCCGGAUCGAACUCUGCUGAUGUCGGAGGAAAUGAUUCUGCACCAGACCAACCUGCUGCCGGCCAAGGUCACAGUGCUGAUCUACAGCGACCUGCUGCUGCUGACCAGAGAAGACGAAGCCGGACGCUGCAACGUCCUACAGAGUCCCCUGUACCUGAACACACUGCAGCUGAGAGAGGUGGCUGCUGAGCCCCUGCAGCUGUACGUGCUGCAGUGUGUGUGUGUGUGGCGCUGUGUGUUCAGCCUGGAGGCCUUCAGCCUGGAGCAGAAAACCCGGGUCCGCCUCUGUCUCCAUGACAACAUUCAACAGCAGCUGGUCGCCACGGAGACGCCCCACAGCCAGCAGCUCCCUGACCUCCAGUCAGACUUUGGCCUCCUCUCUCUCAGUCAGUAUCGCUCCUCGUCUCCUUACUCCUCCUACUCCUCCUCUGGCCCCGCCCCCCGGCCCUCCUCUCCUUACGCCUCCCUCUGCGACCCCCUCAGACCCCCCUCCCCCUCCCCCCCGGAGCUUCACCCCCCCUCAGCUCCCCCACUCCCCUCUGGCCCCGCCCCUCCGCCCCGCCCCCUCCUCCGACACGCUCCUCUGGAGGGAGAGAGCGAGGAGUUCAGCCCCUCCCACCCUGCAGUUCUGCGCCGCUCGCUCUCUGAGGGCUCCCUGCUGCACGAGCCUCGAUCGCCCCGCUUCCUGUCUGACAGCACCAUCCACCGGCUGACCCGCCCCGCCCCCGGCCACGCCCCCGGCCACGCCCCCGGCCACGCCCCAAGACCCCCCUCCCCACACACUCUGAGGAGGCAGCUGACCAAAGAGGGCGGGUCACUGCACCAAAUGCUGCUGCUGCUCAACGGCAUCAAGGAGACUCAGUUCAAACCCGUUUAUCAGAGGAAGAGGAGGAAGAGUCUGGCUGCAGACGUCCGCAGCCGCCUGGCGUUUCUACGGCGACCAAACAACAACAACAACAACCUGUUCCAUAGCAACAGUCUGGAGAGAGCCCUGAGAAACCACAGGCCGUCUGCAGAGCAGCUGCUGAGGUGGGCGGAGAGUUUUGACGCUCUGCUGGCCAAUAAAUACGGGCUGGCGGUGUUCCGUCACUUCCUGAGGUCAGAGUUCAGCGAGGAGAACCUGGACUUCUGGUUGGCUGUGGAGAAGUACAAGAAGACACGCCCACUCAGCAAGAUGGCCGCCAGAGCCGACAAGAUCUACAACGAGUUCAUCUCAACGAGCGCAGCAAGACAGGUCAACGUGGACUCGUUGGUCCGGGAUCUGACCAAUCAGAGCCUGCGUGGCGGCGCUGGCCCCGCCUCCUUCCAGCUGGCUCAGGAUCAGAUCUUCAGCCUGAUGGAGACGGACAGUUACCCACGAUUCCUCAGGUCCCGCCUCUAUAGCCAGCUGGCCAAUCACAACGCAGCGCGCACACAGACAGCCAACCAGAGCGAGCCGGGCCCCGCCGAGCCGGCCAAUCAGGAGAUAGCCGCCGCUGAGGUCGACCAGUCGUGAGAGGCGAGGAGGGCGGGGCCAGGAGGAGACGGACAGCUGAGAGACAGAUGGUUUGAGUGAUGAGCUGUUGUUUCAGUUGCCAUGACAACAGAACAGCCUCCUCGUCAGCUGACUGACGAGCUCCGCCCACAGAGAUGACACCGUCCAAUCAGAGGAGGAGCAUAUCUAACAAGAGAUUAAUAUUAUUAUUGUGUUAUUGAAUUUUAAUAUGAACACACACAC